UUCUUCUUAUAUUCUGGAAAUCUAAUCUGGCACCAAAAUAAAACAAGGAGAAAAGCUUUGCCUCCCAAAGUGAUCCACUGUAUUUUGUUGAAAUGAUUUGUUGCUGCAGCUGUGACUGUCUGACGUGUUAGUGAUCUUUGUGGUUUGAACCCCACUUGACCUCUUGACUCGACUCAUCACUCGCAGAGUUAAUAAAUAAAAUCUCCAUUCCUUCCUCCGAAGCUGCAGAUCUCCUGGAGACCCGCGGAGGUCGCUCUGCUCUCUGCCGCCUCUCCUUCUCUGGCUCUCCGCUACGACUCUCUCUCCACUCCCCUCAUCCUCCCUCAGAUAUACUACAGCACAGAAAGGGAAAAAAAAAAAAUCUGAUCAAGCUUUUCCGGUCUGCUAGCCCUAAUUUCCUCUCAGGACCUCUGGCGUUGGAGCUGUGGAGACGCGCAGGCAGAGAGAGACGGAUCCCGAGCGAGGAGCAGCUGGGGCAAUUAACGCGUACCACCACAACCCCGCACGCCUCAGUACGGCUACUCCAAACGGGUGACUGGGUGGGAUAAUGCAGGCUGUCGGCGGGGUGAUGCGCUCUGGAAGGAGGAGUGUGUGAGGUGAGAGCAGAAUGGUUCGGCGGAUGGGAGCGCACACGGUUCUCGCCGCGGCUGCUCCGUGCUCUCCCGUCCGCGCGUCUCUCCGUCUCCGUGAAGCCGCCACAGGGCGCCCGCCGAUGCCCGUCCUCCUCUCCGCCGCCCCGCUGCACCCACCUCCGGGUAUUUGUCCGACUCGUCAUUACAUAACUCGGCGUCUUUGUCGCUCGCACUGACUUUAUUUUUUCCGAAGCCAGGAGUGGGGUCGCUACAUCUUGUUUGCCGCCCCAGCAGCAGCAGCAGCAGGCGGCGACGACGCGGCGGCUGCUGCCCAAGCUACAUUUAAAACCGGGCUGUGCUGCCUUUGCUGUCGUGGACUGGAGGACUAGCAGGAGCACACAUAGUGGGUGGAAACCUGAGUCCAGCGGUGAUGAGAGCUCACUCCGAGUGGAUUUCGCUGGUGUGCUGCCAGAAGCAUCUGGAAAGGAUAACACAGGGAUACACUCCCCAGACAUUUCAGGGUUUCAGCUCUGAUGUCUUUUAGCUCGUGUUUUAAUGUGAAACUGGUUUAAUCACACUGGAACUUAAAACCCCUGCCUGCUGUAAGUGGCACAGUUUAGGUUCAUAACAAGAUUUCCUCUUCGCACCAGUGGUUUGGACAUGUUGGAUAACUGGUGCAUUCAGUAAGUGAUUAAAGGACAAGCAUCCUCACCCAGAAACCAGUACAGAUUUCUGCAAGGUUUCCUUGUAGCUAUGCAGUGAAGAUGUGUGCAGCCAGGUUCAGCGGCUGCCUCAAUGGCUGUGCUGAGGAGGCCGCAGGUGGAGCAGCGGGGGCUGCUGGUCCAGUCACUGCCUCCAGGAUGCUGGACUGGACAGAGGCCGGUCCCCGCAUCCUCCACAGCCUGGAGAUGGGGACAGUGAUGACCAUCUUCUACCAGAAGAAGUCCCAGCGGCCCGAGAGGAGAACCUUCCAGAUAAAGCAGGACACGCGGCAGAUAGUGUGGAGCCGAAACCCUGACAAAUUAGAAGGAGAGAUCGAUAUACGAGAGAUCCGGGAGCUGCGGUUGGGGAAGGGCUCCCGUGAUUUUGAGCGCUACCCGGAGGAGGCUCGUAAACUGGACUCCGCCCACUGCUUCAUCGUGCUCUACGGGCUGGAGUUUCGCCUCAGGACUCUGAGCGUGGCUGCCUUCAGCGAGGAGGAGGUCAACAUGUGGAUCACUGGUCUCAACUGGCUGAUGAGUGACACUCAGAGAGCGCCCGCACCACAACAGAUUGACAGGUGGCUGAGGAAACAGUUUGAAGCGAUGGACAGGAACCAUGAGGGCAGCAUCACAGUGAAGGAUGUGAAAGCUCUGCUGCCUCAGGUCAACUACAGAGUCCCCAACAUGCGCUUUCUCAAAGACAAGCUACAGGAGGUGGAGGCCAGGAGCGAUCUGUCGUACCCCAACUUCGCACAGCUCUACAGAACACUGAUGUUUGAUGCACAGAAGAGUAUUAUUGAGCAGCUGGAACUCUCCUUCCCCCUGCGGAAUGUCGACAGACCAGAGCUUUGUCAGAUCUCCCUCUACGACUUCCAGAGGUUUUUACAGAUGGACCAGAAGGACUCCUGGGCGUCAGAUCUGAGUCGUGUCAGAGAGUUCCUCAUGGGGUACAUGAGGGGUGGACCGCAUCCUGAGCCGAUGCUACAACUUGAUGAGUUCCUGACAUUCCUGUUCUCCAAAGAAAAUUCUGUUCAUGACCCUCGACUUUCACCCGUUGUUCCUGAUGACAUGAAAAGGCCGCUGUCUCAGUAUUGGAUCUCCUCCUCACACAACACCUACCUGACAGGUGACCAGUUUUCCAGUGAAUCAUCUCUAGAAGCCUACGCCCGCUGCCUGAGGAUGGGCUGCCGCUGCAUUGAACUGGACUGCUGGGAUGGACCUGACGACCUGCCGAUCAUCUACCACGGACACACUUUAACCUCCAAGAUCAAAUUCCUGGAUGUGCUGCACACCAUCAAAGAACAUGCCUUCGUCACAUCUGAGUAUCCUGUGAUCUUGUCCAUCGAGGACCACUGCAGUGUGGUCCAACAGAGGAAUAUGGCAACGCACUUUAAGAAGGUGUUUGGAGAUCUGCUGCUCACCAAGCCAGUCGACAACAACGCAGAGGAGCUUCCCUCACCCUACCAGCUCCGCCGGAAGAUCCUCAUCAAGCACAAGAAACUGGUGGAAGGCACGCUUUAUGAAGAGGUGACAUCAGCCAGCUACUCUGAGAACGAUAUCAGCAACUCUCUGAAGAACGGCAUCCUUUAUCUUGAAGACCCCAUCGACCACACGUGGACUCCACACUAUUUUGUCCUGACCAGUAAUAAGAUUUACUACUCAGAGGAGACGUCUCACUAUCAGACAGCUGAUGAAGAGGAGGAGGAUGAAGGAAAAGAGGAGUGUAACAACAACGAGCAGCACUGUGCGGAGCGCUGGUUCCACGGGAAGUUGGGUGGAGGCCGCGAUGGUCGACAGGUGGCUGAGAAGCUCCUGCAGGAGUACUGCGAGGGCGGGGCCAAAGACGGCACCUUCUUGGUUCGGGAGAGUGAGACGUUUGUCGGAGACUACACCCUCUCGUUCUGGCGCUCUGGUCGAGUCCAGCACUGCAGGAUCCAUUCACGUCAGGAGUCUGGCUCCACCCGCUUCUACCUGACUGACAACCUGGUGUUUGACAGCCUCUACCGCCUCAUCUGCCACUACAGAGACACGCCUCUACGCUGCAACGAGUUCGAGAUGCGGCUGGGCAGCCCUGUACCUCAGCCCAACGCACACGAGAGCAGAGAGUGGUACCACUCCAGUCUGUCCCGUGUUCAGGCUGAACACAUGCUGAUGCGUGUUCCCAGAGACGGAGCUUUCUUGGUGCGAAAACGCAGUGAACACAACUCCUACGCCAUCUCCUUCAGGGCGGAGGGUAAGAUCAAACACUGUCGUAUCCAGCAGGAAGGCCGUCUCUUCAUGUUGGGCAGUUCGGCAGAGUUUGAGAGUCUGGUCGACCUUGUGAGCUACUAUGAGAAACAUCCUCUGUACCGCAAGAUGAGGCUCCGUUACCCCAUCAACGAGGACACUCUGGACCGGAUGGGCACCACGGAGCUUGACUAUGGGGCGCUGUAUGAGGUCCGCACUCCUCAUUUUUAUGUGGAAGCCAAUAAGAUGCCCACAGCACGGUGUACAGUCAAAGCUCUGUAUGACUAUCGAGCUCAGAGGGAAGACGAGCUCUGUUUCCCCAAACAGGCGCUCAUCCUCAACGUGGAUAAGCAGGAGGGCGGCUGGUGGCGAGGUGACUAUGGUGGAAAGAAACAGCUGUGGUUUCCUGCAAACUACGUGGAGGAGGUUCCCAGCUCCCCCACCAGAGAGCUGGAUGAAGCAUCCACAGAGAACAGUCCUCUUGGAACAUUCCUCAAGGGCUUCAUUGAUGUACCCACCUGCCAUGUAGUGGUGCAUAAGGAUGGGAAGAAUUCACGGCCCUACGUGUGCACGAUCCACUCCCAGCAGCUGUCAUCUCACCCGGUUCAGACCCUGGAUGUGGCAGCCGACAGUCUGGAGGACCUAAACAGCUGGGUCAGCAAGAUCAGAGAGGCUACACAGAACGCUGAUGCACGGAUGCAGGAGGAGAAGCAAAUGGAGAGGAGGAAGAAGAUCGCAGUGGAGCUGUCUGAGCUCGUGGUCUACUGCAGACCUGUCCCCUUCAACGAGGACAAGAUCGGGACGGAGAGGGCAUGUUACCGGGACAUGUCCUCCUUCCCAGAGACAAAGGCAGAGAAGUUUGCGACACGUAGCAGAGGGAAACGCUUCCUGCAGUACAACCGCCGCCAGCUUUCCAGAAUUUAUCCCCGAGGACAACGGCUGGACUCAUCCAACUACGACCCCCUGCCCAUGUGGCUCUGUGGCUCCCAGCUGGUCGCACUCAAUUUCCAGACACCAGAUAAACCCAUGCAGCUGAACCAGGCCUUGUUCAUGCUCGGAGGUGGCAGCGGCUACGUUCCCCAGCCUGACAUCAUGAGGGACGACGCCUUUGACCCUUUUGACAAGGACACCUUACAUCUGGAGCCAAUCACCAUCCAGUUACAGGUGGUGGGAGCUCGUCAUCUGCCUAAAAAUGGCCGCAGCAUCGUCUGUCCCUUUGUGGAGGUGGAGAUCUGUGGAGCUGAUUACGACAGCUGCAAGUGCAAGACAGACGUUGUAGCUGAUAACGGUCUGAACCCUGUGUGGGUGCAGAAGCAGUUUGUGUUUGACAUCCACAACCCCACCUUCUCCUUUCUGCGCUUUACUGUCUACGAGGAGGACAUGUUCAGUGAUCCUAACUUCCUGGCACAGGCAACCUACCCUGUUCGUCUGCUACGAACAGGCUACAGGAGUGUCUCUCUGAAAAACAGUUACAGUGAAGAGCUGGAGUUGGCGUCACUUCUGGUCCAUAUAGAGAUCGUCAAUGCAAAGGAGGAAGAUGACGAGAACUUGUACAUGUCCAUCCAGCGGCUGCGGGAUCGAACCAGUGAGCUGUCAAACCAGGUUUCCCUCCUGGAAAGGUCGGGUUCAGGGGAUCUCAGCUACCAGCAGAGUCUGGAGGAGCUCAGAGCGGCUCAGGAACAGCUGAGUGAGCUGGUGGAGGCUCGAAACCGCAGGCUGAUGGAGAAGAAGAGGAGGCAGCAGGUGGCAGCAAAGCGCAGCUAAUCCUCCCGUCCACCAGAGAGCGAUACACUGCAACACAAAUGGUGCCUGACACUUGCUGCCACCGGUGCUGUGCAGUGACAGCCUCAGAAGAAAAACAGGCUCUCUACAGCAGCGACAUGCAAUCCAUUUAUAACUGGAAACAAAAACAUGUUCCUUCACAAUAAAAAGUGAGAUUUUAUAGCACCAUGUUGAGGAGAGCAGAGGAAAAACAGACGCAUCUCAUGGACUAAAGAAAAAUCCUCACAAAACUAAGCUAUAAAAACAAUCAUGGACUUGAGGCUGAAACACAUUAUGAGCAAAAUAGAGAUGAGUUUCUUCUGAUGUUUUCAUGGAAACAAUACAGACAGGAGAGGUGAACAGUCAAGAGACAGAUAACUGAAUCAAUUAGUCGAAAGAAAUUUUUUGAUAACAGAUUAAUAGUUCAAGUCAAUUUACAAGCAAAAGUAGCAAACAUUAGCUGUUUCAACUUGUGAGACUUUGCUGCUUUUCUUUGUUCUGUGAUCAUAAAUUGAUCAUUUUUGGGUUUUGGACAGUUGUCGGAAAAACAAGCUAUUUAAAGAUGCUGCCUUGAGGUUUAGGAAAUACUAAACAGGCGUUUUUCACUAUUUUCUGACAUUUUAUGGACCAAACAGUCAAUUAAUCGCUAAUUAAAAUAAUAGCAGUUCUAAUCAUGAUGAGUAGCUCUGGUAGUUGUAGACCCUUAAUGUAGUGAAUGUCAGCUAAUUAUAAUAAAUGUGCUGCUGGCCAACUGCCACAACAACAACAAAAAAGAUGAAUGCUGUCCAAUAGAAUAAUGAUUACAAAGAUGCGGUCUGAUUUAGCUCAUGAUUAGGCCUGGCUGCUUCUUGUCACCUUUGGAAAUUAAGUUUGAAGCUCAUCAAGUUUACUCUUACUGUGUUUUGGUCUUCAGAAAGAAAAACAGGAUAUAAGGGAGAAGAAUACUCAGGUUACACAGAUGGAUGGCAUUAAAAAAACCAACUGAUAUCUGGAUGAAAAAAGGGAGCAGUGGGCACAGGUAGCAAAAAGGAAAUAUCAAGUAUGUGCCUUUUGAUGUUGCGCUUUGUAGAGUAUAAUUACUCUUGUGUUUUACAAAGUUAAAAGAAAACUGCUUUCUCUAUAACUGGAAUAGUGGCCCUUUAAGGGAAAACUACUAAUAAACUGGAUGAGGAAUUCACUCAUUUGGCUCAGACCACUACUCAUGAAAUGGGUUUAAAAAGGGAUUUCAAGACUGAAGUCUUUUUUGGGUGAUCACAUGAACUCUGCCCCCAGGUGGUGGGGGCUCCUGUCACAGACGUUCCUGCUCUACCUGGGAGAGCACAAACUGGACGAACCAAACCACACAGAGAAGGUCUUUUAAUACUUCUUCAAAAAGGGCUCUACAUAUAUCUAUACUACCUUUUAAAGAGGUACGAGAACAGUGAGCGGAGGAGGAGAGCGCCCCCUGGAUGUCACCUGCACAGGGGCUCAGGUGUGUUUGUCACAGUCGGACACACGCGCGAUAAACAAGGGCUAUCACAGAAAACUAGCAAAGCACUCUUUUACCUGCCAGCUCAGAUUUCUCACCUCACAUCUGAAUAGGGUUGGGAACAAAAAACGGGCUCCAAAAUGCCGAGAACUGGGUACCCGUUAAAAAAAUUUUAAUUUCGGUUCUGCUCAUCGGUUCGUAAACGCGAUAACCCUUUAUUAUCGCAGAGACAUGGCUAUCUGCCAGGACCUGUCUACGUCAUGCAUCAGUGCAACAGCAUGUCGAUUUGUUUAGAUACGAGCAUGCAUGGCUAAUGUCACAACAGUAGUGAAAGGUGGACUGCGGUAAACGCUCAAAAAGUGUGGCUUCACUUUAUUAAAAGACAAUGGCAAGGCAAAGUGCAAAGCAUGUGGGAAGCUAAUUUGCUGUAAGUCAGGUUGCACAUCAAAUUUGACCAAACAUUUAAGGCAGCGCGGUGUAGAUUUGAAAGAAUGUUCAGUGUUUGAUGUUUUGCGGUUUCCUCAAGCAGAGCCAGGGAUACCAAGCCGCGACACACCAGUCUCUUUUGCAGUAAAAGGAAAGAUGACCAAAGAGAAAACUGAGGAGUGGCAAAUACCACAGCAUCCACAAGAAAAUGUUAUGUACUGACUGUGGAUCAAACGUUUUUAUUGUAUGUUUUUACUUUAUGAAUGUUCAGUUAAAGACUUUGAUUUUUAUUGUUUCAUUGAAAUAAGUAAAUUCAAAGUAAAUGCUCUAAGGAAUAAAGAUGUCUUAGUUAUCUUAACAUUUGACCUUUUUAAAAAAAAAAAAAAAAAAAAAAAAAGCACAUUGAAAUUGAAACUGGGAAUCGAUAAGAACCGGAAUCGAUAAGCAGAAUUGAAAUCGAUAAAAUUCAAACAAUACCCAACCCUACAUCUGAACCACAUGACCAGAUCAGUUCUCAUCUGGCUUUAACAGAUCAACAGAUAUGGCUCAACUGGUCCUGGAUCUGCCAAAAGCAGCUUCAAUUCAAUCAACUGCAUGGCUUCAUAUCUAUUAACACCCCUCUUCUGUAGCUUUUUCACCUUCCCAUCAUCCUCCUGUCUAAUUUCACAUUGUAUAUAACUUCUUUUAUUUAUCAAACAGGUGUAGAUCCUGUUUUAAUAGAUGAAAGAACAUACUAGAAGAAUGAUAAUGGACUUAAGAUUGAAGAUAAGGUAACUUUAUGUAGAAAUGAAUAUUGUGUAUCUGGCGCUCCCUUUAAAUGUCCCCACAGACACAAACCUCUUUCUCUCUACGCUACAGUUGCUGGGUAGGGACUUCUAUGCAAAGGUCAUCUUCUUGGCCUAUAGCCAUUGUGUAUUAGGCGAUUUGGCUCAAGUCAUGUUUUCUCUCCGUAUCUAUGCUAACUGUCCAGUAUUAUUACUCUGCAUUACAAAUCCUGUGCAAGUUUCCAUUUAAUAAAGCUCUUUCAUUUA